AUGCAAUUAUUUAGAAUGGAUUCUAAUUAGAUUAAAUAAUAGUAACAAAUACUAAUAAAUGUAUCAUCUAUAGAGCAAAAUAUUAAGUGUAAAGAAACUAUAUAGCUGAAGUUUUUCGUUUUGCUAUUACUAAAGAUCUUGAAAUAAAACUAAUGUCUUAUUUUAUUAAUCCUAAUGAUCCUGAUUUUAGAGCUAAAUUAAUAAUGA